AUGUCUGAAGGAAUGAAAGUUCCACCUAAUUCUCCGACGCAAUUAAAAGAGACAUCAGAGAGUGAAAAAUCGGAAAAUAGUUCGGACGUAUUGAUGAAGUGGAAAAAAAGUGCCGCUUUAUUUCAACCAAAUACAAAAAAUCAUAACAACAAUAAAAAAGAUGAUUUAGAAAAACCCGUUGAAAUAUUACACGAUAAAGAUGUUCUAGAAGCUGCUGAGGCAUUAACAUGUCUAUCCCGGGCGAAUAGAACAUAA